UGUGGGUCAAAGGUCAUCCAUGAAUGGAGGAUAUUGGCGCCAAUGUUAUGAACAACAAACUUUGUACGCAGCCGAUCCAUCGAAACAUAAUGACUUGUCCAAAAUGAAACAGAUGAAAAGCCCACAUGAAUGGAAUGUGAAAGAUGUGACAGGCUCUCAGCUGGACGCAAGGAACUCUGGAUGAUGACAUUACUACAGCUGCUGUGAUAUGCCAGAUUUCUAGGACACUUAAUACAAAAAUGUUGGAAGACAAGAUUGAGUGUGACAAGGCCACCAAGGCAGGGGUUGGAUCUCCACAAAGCUCCAUACUUGAUUUUUUCGUUUCUCCAAACAAGAGUAACGCAAGCAAAAAGCAGAAGGAAAGGAGUGAGCCUACUGGUUUACAGGUGGCUGCAGACGAAGUUGAAUCUUCGAAGAAGCAAGAGACGACAAGUUUUUUUAAAGGUCAAAGUCAUGAUAACAACGAUAAUUUGACUGCUGUGGCAGAUGAAAGUAGUGAAAGUGUUAUUUUGCUGAGUGAUGAUUCCAACUCUAAAUGCAAUGGUCACGUUACAGAGACAGAGUUGUUGAAUCAGUCGGGCGUGUCGAAUAGAAGGAAGAGUAAACAUAGAGAGGGAAAGGUUGAGAAGAAAAGUAAAACCAAGGCAUCGGACUGUGCAGAAGUGGACAAGUCAGACAAAGACAACAACAAAAAAUCCAGCAAAAAGUUAAAUUUACAGAGACAGAAAUCUGUGGAAACAAAAACCGAGGAUGUGACUGCCUCAACACCUAUGGCAGAUGAGACCAAAAAGCUAAUGGACGAUUCAGAGUCUAAAGUUACAGACGAAGGAGAGGCUUCCAAGAAGAGGAAACGUAAUGACAGUGAUGAUGCUGAAAGAAAGCGGAACAGGACCAGUGAACCGACAGAUGUGCCUGCUGAUAAGUGCCCAUCAACAGAGAUGUCGUAUGAGGCCUUCAUCCAGUCCCUGUCCCCAAAAGGAUGUAAAGACGAGGCAGCAGCGGAGGAGGGGGAUAUAUCGUGCCAGGACGAGAAAGGGGAUACAUCGUGCCAGGAUGGGGAGAAGGAUACAUCACAUCAAGAGGAGAAGAGGGCUACAUCAUGUCAGGACGAGGAGGUGGCUACAUCACGUCAGGAUGAGGAGGUGCAGAUCCUCGAGGCCAGUCCGGAAGAUCAACCCACAGAAGUUACUGACACAAAUAAAUCGCGAGAUUCAAAGAAGAAAAGAAAGUCUGCCAAAGCUUCAUUAUUCAAGGAGGGUUCUGAGACGAAUGUUCAGCCUGUGAAAGAUGACUCAAGUGGGGAUGAUGGAGAGAAGAAAAAGACUCCUUCCAUCCUUAAUUUCUUUACCAAGGUGAAUCCUGAUAAGAACACCGAGCAUCAGGUGGUGACAGUGAUGGCUGAUGUGCACCACCAGCCUAUAAAGGAGAACGGUAACUCGAAGAAAUCACACGAGGAACAGUCAGUUGCUUCACCAAUAGUGUUAUCACCCAAAUCUCCCGGUGUUAUCAAGCUAGAUGAAGAUAUUGAAAUGCUGAGUUCAGAAACUGUGGAAGAGAUAUCCACAACUAAGACUAAGAAGGAUAAAGCCUCCAAGAAAGGUAAAUCAGUAGAUAAAGCUUCAUUAAAGACAGAAGUGAAGGUGGAAGAACCGAUAGAAGAAGUUACCAUUGAAAAAGUGGAGAUAGCACCCAGAAGUGCUGAGGUUGAUGCUUUCCUGAAGAGUUCCGAUAGUCCUGCUGUGCCAGCCAAGUCGGCCCAGGCUACUCUCAGCUUCACAAAAACUGGCCUUAAGGCAACCAGUGCCACCAUCCCUUCUACCAAGACUAGAAUAAGGACACAGCCUGAGGGUAAAUCAACAGCCAAGAUUCCCACAGAGGAAGGUGAUAUAAGUAAAGUUAAGCAAGUGAAAAAGAAACGAGGAAGGAAAAAGAAGGAUGACAAAGGAAACAGUACGAAGGAUGAUUCUAUGGUUAGCAGUGAUGGCCUUGAUAGUCCUAAGGAAGUGAGGACUCGUCGACCAAAAUACCAAGUCAGCAGUCUUCAGUUCGAUGACUCCAGACGAACGCCCAUCAAGAUGAAAAUUAGAUUAAAAAAGGCUAGCAGUGGUGAAGAAAGUGAAUUUACUCCUCGCUCAUCCAAGACUGUGAAUAAAAAAGGGCAGAAGCAAGCUAAGGCUCAACAGCUGUUGGAGAAAGCUAAAAAAGUUAAAAAGACGAGGAAAUCCAAGGUAAAACCCCAGGCCAAGCGUAAACAAGAAUCUGUAACGAGUGGAAACGACAGCAUAGUUGACCUAGACAGUAGCACAGAUGGAGGUGGCCGGCGUCGCAGUGCACGUUUGGCUGUACAGGUCGUACCGGAACCAAUCACUGUGGAGGAUGAAGAGGAUGAGCCCGAAGAGAAACCUGUUCCAGUCAAAGUUAAGAAGUCCUCAAAGACACCUCUGAAGUCAAAACCUCGAGACGUUUCCAAAACACUGAAAGCCAAGGACAGCCCCCGAAAACUGAAAGCCAAGGACAGCCCUCGAAAAUUGGCAAAGGAUAGUCCAAGUAAACCAAAAUCAAAAGGCAAGUUGGCUUCCAUCUUCAUGGGCAAGUCAAAGUCGGAGGUGAAGUUGCAGGAACCAGAGGAUCCUGAGAAGGUGCGACUCCGUCAGGCUUUCCUCAUGAGCGAUGUCCCUGAAAAACUGAAGCGGCAGGUCGUUGCUGUUGCUGCAGUCCAGAGCAUCAUGGAGAACACUGGUCUGCCCGAAAUCAGUCACGUGCAGCAAAUACCUGACUUGCGGGAAGAAAACAGUGUGUGGAACUUGGCACCAGUGAAAUUACCGCUGAGGUCGUCAGAGCCAUUUCAUCGGAGCUGUGUCAUCAACUGGGCUGACCUUGGUAGUCACAGAGUAGUCUCCCCUGCCAAAUCUGAACUAUUCAAGGAUUUCCGCUGCCACAUGGAUCUGCCAGAGGGGGUGAUGGAUGAACUCCUGGGGGAGGUGGAGACUGGUGUGAGGGGCCUCCCAGUCAAGCAGAUCUAUGCUGACAUGAGACGCAAGUUGGAGGAGGAUCUUCGCUCCCAAGAUCCAAGCCUAGACAGCACAGGGACGUCUUCACAGCAGCCCACAGAGUCUGCCACGCAGGAGACAGGGGAGGAGAAGAAGAAGAAAAAGGGAAGAGGUCGCACGAAGGGAGGCAAGCUGAGUCUACCCAAGAAGUCAGAGAGUGUUCCUGCUCCUGAGGUCAUCAGAGUCGGAGAGAUGAUGUGGACGGAGCGCUACCAGCCCUCCCACUCGAUGGAGGUCCUGGGCCACACAGCUCACCUGCAGAAGCUGAAGAGCUGGCUGCUGGAGUGGAAGCAUCGCACUCACAAGGAGGCUCGCAAGAUGAGGCUGCAGAUGCUCAAACAGGCUCAACCGAAGGCUGUCGCCAAAGCAGCCGAGGAGGACAACGCGUGGUGGGGGGAGGAAGACAGUGACUUCGACAUGGACACUGAUGACAGUGAGGAUGAGGAUGACAGUCUGUGUAACACUAUGCUCAUCACAGGGCCCCACGGUGUCGGCAAGACGGCCUCAGUGUACGCCCUGGCUCAGGAACUCGGAUAUAAGGUGAUUGAGGUGAAUGCCGCGUCGUCCCGGAACGGGAAGAAGAUCCUGUCCAAGCUCCAGGAGGCUACCCAAUCUCACCAGGUCGCCACCAGUAAAGAUGGCAGCUCAAACAGCAUGAUGGCAGCCUUGACAAACUCUCAGUCAGGCAGUACACCAUCUUCAGCUAAGCCCGCCAAGAAGGACGCCAAGCUGCCCACGGCCUUCACCAACCUGUUCCGUAAGGCUGGCAGCAAGACCGAUCCUGUAGAAGUGAUUGACCUGGAGGCCGAUACAGCAAAGAAGCAGGAAUCGCCCACCAAGUCCAAGCGGAAGAGGAAACGAGAGAAGGAUGUUGAUAAGGUUGAGAAAACCCCCAAGAAAGCCAAGAAGGAGUUGAAAGCCAUGCCGACCCCCGGGAGAGAUGAGUCCAGUCAGACGGGGGGACUGGAACUGUCCACCACCACGCUCAUCCUGUUCGAUGAAGCUGAGAUCAGCUUCGAGGAUGACAAGGGCUACCUGCCUGCCAUACAGCACUUCAUGAUGAGGACCAAGAUUCCCAUCAUCCUCACCACGACGGACCCCAGCUUCAGCAGCCAGCUGCAGGCACGGUACGAAGGCCUCACCUUUAAACAGCCAUCUCAGCUGACAAUCGCAGGACACCUACAGACAAUCUGCCUGGUGGAACAGGUUAGAACUGGUCUGGACGAAAUGCUGACACUGGUCAAGCUUCACGGAGGUGACAUCAGGAAAUGCCUGCUGUGGCUCCAGUACUGGCUUAGCUCAGGGGGCGGGGCAAGCAAACUCCACCACGCUGUCAACACAACGCCUCGCACAGUUCUACUCAGUGUGGAUGAGAACACCUGCUCACAAGACUCGGACUCCCAGGGCACCAGUGUUGGCACUUCAGCUGUUCCUGAUAAGGACGAUGAUGACUUUGUGGUGUCAAAGCCUUCUGUUGGGAGGAGGAAGAGGGUUUUGGAUGAUGAUGACUCGUCAGGCAGUAAUGUGUUUCCAUCAAGAUUAUCAUCCCAGUCGGACUCAGGCUGUUCCAGCCACCUCCCCCUUGUGCAUUGUUUGAGACUGGAGAGUCUAGCUGGAAUAAGUCAACCAUUACCAGAUGUUUUUGAAAAAGUGCUACAGUCCUAUCUGAGGGAUAGAUGUGAUGAUCAACUAACUGCAAAACUGCAAGAGAUGUGCAAGAACCUCCACAGCAUCGGCAUGUCUUCGCUGUCUGGUAACCUGUUCCAUCUCCUCCCCCUGCCGAAAGUGCUGCCACAGGCCCCCAGUCUGUCACUCGGCUGUACCGAGGCCGCAUCGAAAGAAAACAAACUUUCACGGAUACGCACAGAUCUGUUUGACGAUGAGGGCUCAUGUGAUGCCCCUGAAGAGGAGAAAGUAGUUGAAACAUUGGAAGCUGUUAAAAAUGAUAGUGUUCCCAAAGAGCAAAAGGUUCUUAGUUCAAAAUGUUUAAAUGCCUUUUCUCAAUAUUAUGACUCAAUGUGCGAUAUGGAUAUUAUGGGGGCGUGCACAGAGGUGUUUACAAGUCAGGAGUGCUAUGCAGCUUCAGGGGUGGGGAGUGACUCCAGAAACAACCGAACAAUGUCUGACUGCCCUACAAUGGCCUUGUUGACACGCGAACACAAUACUGAGAUGAAUCUGAGAAGUGCUAGGCAUCUGUAUGGGACCAUCACAACAGCUGUUGACAGUUAUAGAGACAGUCAAGCAGGUGACAAGUUACCAGAUGAGGUAACCCUUCCUGUACCUGGUGGACGAACAACAUUCAGCUUGCUCACAUCUGAGCCAAGGUUGUCUGGGUCUAUUAGGAGAACUCAUGAGAAUGUGUCCGACUCCCUCCCUCUGAACACCUACUGCAGUCAUCGCUCAGUCCACAUGGAUUAUCUCCCCUCCCUUAGGGCCAUCAGCCGAGCAGAGCAACAUCGGCAAAUUGCCAAAACGAAAAGAAGGUUCCACCACUACUUCGACAACAUCGGUAUGUCACUGAAAGAAACAAGUCUCAAUGUCCUGUGUCAAACCUUCUCAUGAGUCUUCAUGAACAGCUUAUAAAGGAUUGAAGUUUGGGAUAGUGCUGAGAAAAGAUCUGUCUGUAAUGCUCAGAGAGGUUGCUACGUUCUGUCUAUAGCGGGGUCACCUAGAGUUUUUUGCCAGCUGUAUUUGGCCCACUUCACAUUCAGUGCAUGACCAUCUGUGGCGCUAGAAACUAUCUCAGUAAAACAAUCAGUAAAACACCAGAUUGAUAGCAUUGUAUUUCUGCUAUCAGUGAAGAAAACCAUUAUGAUACCUCAUUAGUAUUGGAACUGUCACUCUAGAGAACAUGCUUAACAAGCUGUAGAUCAUACAGGUAUAGAUAGGACACUGCCAAAAUAUAGGACAGAUUUUGAAGAGGUCAUGAAAACAAUGGACAGUAGUUAACUAUUAAAAAACUCAUGAUAUUAUUUUUCUUCAUUUCAUGGAAACAAUUUAUUUUCACUUUUUCAAAGCAAUAUUUGCAGCUUUUUUACAAAAUCCAAACUUUGAGGGGCUAAGUACAGACAGUGCAGGUUUCACACACGUCUGAAUGGUAAUAUCUUCCAGGCAUCAAGGAAUCAGCACUGUUUUAUUUUCUGCCUUGGUUUUAGUCUGGGCUGUGAUGUAAAUAUGUACAAGUCCUGUUUGUCCAUAUUUAUUUAAGAGAUUUUUUGUUAAAAUACUGAAAGUGUAAUUUUAAUGUCCUGUGUCGGUAUGGUAGUUUUAACAUGUUAUUGUACAUUGAUUUAUACGAUACUGCAUAUAUACAACCAUGGAAGUGGCAUUAGAAAUUUUUAAUAUAUUUUUAUAUGAAAUGUGUGUGCUUCACAUUCAUGCAAGGGCGUUAUUGAGUGUUGACAAGUCAGUUUGCCUUUGCUUCUAAUUGCAUGAACGAUUUAACUUAUAUGCCAUUGUAAGGCUAUCUUAAAGUAGCUGGAAUAGUAGUAGGGUUACUAGGAUGGGUUUGUGCAUGUGAACCUCUGUCUUGUCAUGUUGACUGAACUGGAAUAGAAUCAGCAUCUUGACUGAGCUGGGUUAGGAACAGCACAAGAAGUCAAUUAAUGUACUGUAGAGAUACAGAUCUGAUACUUGCAGAGGCAUUUUGCAGGAUUUAGCCAAGAAUACGGUCUUUCUGUGAAAUAUUUACUUUGCUGUCAGUAAUUUUUUUAUUUCUGGUAAAAGUAACAGAUGUAUAUGAUUUGAAGAUUUAUUCGAUGAUUACAACACAAGAGUAAAUGUUCACCAAAUGUCAGCCGUGUUUUAGGGUAAUAAUAUUAAUGACCACUUGGCACAUCAGUUCUAUUUCUUUGUGACAACGUUUUGUUUGUCAUCAAACUGAGAGCCAUGGAUAGUAAGGUCGUGUCUGUGACCAAGUGGGGACCAUGGUCAGAAUAUCACUGUGUUAUUGGUUGUUAGAGGUGACUAGAUUGGAUCACGUGGUUGGGCAUGACAUCUUACCCUAACGAAGUGGCUCCUAAUGUAACCCACUAGUUUGCCUGGCCCAGAUUCAAUUAUUUACAGGCUGCCAUGAUAAAGCUGGAAUAUUGCUGAAGGCAAACAAGUAAUAUCCUUUAUGAUACCGUUUCCCAGGCUUGUACAUUGUGUACAACUGUAAUGUGUAAUGGUCUAAUUUUAUUUGAAGGACACAACAAAAUAGACGUCCAACCAAAUACAUCAUGGGCUCCUAGUUUGUAUGCAGGACUCAGUUCAGAAGAAGCAAUUUGAUUAGUUGUUUAUUUCAAGCUCAUGCAAGUAAAUAAAUUCAUUGCAUAUUUAGAGUUAAGAUAGCUUGAGAUAUAGACGUCAGAUCCGAGAUGAAGUUAUUCUGAUGAUUGGGUUCAGGUAUUUACCACAACAAAAUGGCGACACUGGAUGAAUUGAUCUAUGAGAAAAUUACUACCACUGUCCAGGGUUAGAAACUAACAGUUUUUGUCUACUAGUCCUUACAAUGAUAACAUAUAGCAAAACCCUUAAACCAGGGCAAUUUCUACUAGUCCUUAGUAUACCUUUACCAUUGGGCAGUUUGGUAAGGACUACAGGACUAGUGCCAAUUUCUAACGCUGCUGUCAUUACUAUUGAUCACUUCUCAAAGGUGCAGUAUUUGUCCUCACAAUCAGGAAACAUAGGUCAUGAUUUAUUAAUGAAAGCUCUUUGGUUUCAGCAUUAAUUUAUUUAUUUAUGCAAAGCGUAACUCUUUAUUUACCAUCGCACUUCAUUUGAGUGAUCAUAUUCAUAGUGACGUGUACAGUAUGUGUGAAAAACAUUAAUCACAUUCAACCUUUAUCAUAAACAAGUAAUGUCAUGCAAACAUGACUGGAAGAAAAUUCCCAAGAAUUUCCCUAACUUGACCUUGUCGGUCAGCGUGGAGAUACAGUAUUGAUAAAGCUAAUGUCACAUGAACAUCUUGUGUGGAGAGAGUGAUUGUGUAUAGAAGAAUGGAUAUUUGACAUGAAUAAAGUGAACAGAUAUGAAAUGUUUA